AGAUUUCUAACUAGGUCUGUUCAAUUUAACAAACUUAGCUUCAUGUUCCUACGGCUAUUGCUUCUUGCCACAACUAUUUCUAGCUUUGCAGAUGCCGAAUGUGUACCAAAACCACAACCCGAGUAUCACUAUUUCCCAAAAGGAUUCAAAUGGUCCACUGCCACGGCAGCUUUCCAGAUAGAAGGAGCUACACGAGAAGACGGACGCGGACUCUCUGUCUGGGAUGAGUACACCACAAAACCUGGGAAAAUAAGGGAUAAUUCAACCGCAGACGUAGCAUCGGACAGCUAUCACAAGUUCAGGGAAGAUAUACAGUUGAUGAAGGAACUUGGCGUGACUCAUUACCGAUUCUCUUUCUCUUGGCCGCGAAUUUUUCCCACUGGUGUUGGUAAACCAAACCCGAAAGGUGUGAAGUACUACCACGAGGUUAUUGAUGCUCUUCUUGAGAAUGGGAUACAACCUAUGGUGACCUUGUACCACUGGGACCUCCCCUUAGCGCUAAGCGAUAAAGGAGGAUGGUUGAAUCGUGAGAUUGUCAAAUGGUUCCGCCUUUACGCCGUUUUCUGCUUCAAGGAAUAUGGAGAUAAGGUAAAACUAUGGCUUACACUCAAUGAGCCGAUGAGUCAAGCGCACGAAGGAUAUUGUGGAAUGCGAGGAGAACAUGCCCCUGGAGGAUUUCAAGAGCACUGCUCAUGGGCUGAGUAUCUAGCUGGGCAUCAUAUGCUUCUGGCUCAUGCGCACGCUUACCGCGCCUAUCAUGGACUUUUCCCCAACAGCUCAGGAAAAAUCGGCAUUGCAAACAGUGCUCAAUGGAUGGAACCAGAAUCUCCAAUGGAGGCCAAGUUUGCUGAAGCGGCGAGGGAAUGGGCAGCCCUAUGGUUCAUUCACCCUCUUUUCAAAGGUGAUUACCCUCAAGCCAUGCGAGAAACAGCUGAUAUAAAAUCAAAAGAUGAAGGAAGAACGACAAGUCGGCUACCAUAUUUUACUGAUUAUGAGAGACAAAUGCUUAUUGGCUCUGCCGACUUUCUAGGAAUCAAUUACUAUAUCACACUUACCGUACGUGCAUUACGACCAGAAGAGCAAGGAAUGCAUCUUGGACUGAACUACGACUUGGAAGGGGCUGGUUGGCUCAACAGCAAAGACAUGCCAGUUGGGAGGAAAGACUCUUGGAUAAGAAGCCACCCAUCUGGACUUCGAUCUUUAUUGAACUACAUCAGAGAAAAGUACGAUAACCCAGAGGUGUUCAUAACCGAAAAUGGCUGCAUGGAUACUCCAGGCGAAUCGGACGUGGACAUUACCCGUAUGCGAUAUCUGCGAGAGCACAUUGCUGCUGUUGCUGAAGCUAUAAAGGACGGCUGCAACAUUGUGGGUUACACCCUUUGGAGUCUAAUAGACAACUUCGAAUGGGCUGACGGUUACACCAAUUUGUUCGGAAUACACAAGGUGGACUUUUCAUCACCAUCCCGUCCGCGGACACCGAAAGCCUCAGCUGUUCUCUACAAGGAGAUAAUUCAUAAUAAUUCGGUAGCACUAAUUGAAGACUGUGUAUGGGGCUGAAACGCUGCAACUGGAAACUACGACUUCGCGAGAUUGCCUUAUUCUCAUCUUUUUUCUACGAUUUUUCUUUGUAAAAUUCUGUGUUGUUCUUUAAAAGAAGCUGUUGGCCACUUGCUGUUGCUACUCUCUCUUUGAUUUCGAAAAAGAAGAUUUCGUAAUAAGUGCACUAUGUGUUCUUCAUUCUCACUUUCAUCUACACAAAUGACUAAACGAUUAACAAGUUC